AAACUAUUUAAAUUGAACUAAUUACAUAAUCAUUUUUUAUUCUUCAAAAAAAUUGUUAAAAUUUAUUUUAUCUUUAAUACAAUGUUUAUAUUUGAAAUGCCACGUGUUGUACAUAUACGUAAACCGGAAUUAGCUAUAUUACAUCGUUUUAUACAAUUUAGUAUAUUAACUUAUUUUAUUAUUUAUGUUAUGUGGUUAAAAAAAGGUUAUCAAUCAUUUGAUCGUCCUAUUAGUGGUGUAGCUGUUAAAGUAUAUGGUAUAGCAUGGAAACAAAUAUUUAAAUAUCAAAAUCGUGAUACAAAUGGUAUAAUUGUAUUAGAUAAUGGUGAUUAUUUAUUACAACCAAUACAAAAUUCUGGUUUUUAUUUAAUUACAACAAUUAAACAUUUUGUUAUACAAAGUAUGACAACAUGUAGUGAAAGUGAUUAUUUACCUGAUGCAAUAUGUUAUCAUGAUAAUGAUUGUCCAAUUGGUUAUCAAGCUUGUUAUAAACCAUAUGAUCCAAAUGGUAUUGUACCAAAUGAAUAUAAUAUAAAAAUUGAUGAAAGUGGACAUGGUAUAUUUACUGGUAAAUGUUUAAUUCAUUAUAAUAAAUGUCAAAUAUAUGGUUGGUGUCCAACUACUGAUAAUUAUGAAUAUGAAUUAUAUAAACAACGUUAUUAUAAAUUACAAUUAAUUAAACCACCAAAUAUAUUAGAAAAUUUUUAUAAUUAUUUUAAUGAUUUAAAUUUUUUAGAUAAUAAACGACAAAUUAAUGAACGUACUAUACAUUUAAUAGAUCCAUUUUUUGAAAUGAUUAAUUUUACAUUAUUUAUUAAAAAUAGUAUAGAAUUUCCACAAUUUAAAAUAAAACGUAGUAAUAUAUUAUCAUGGAUGACAGAUAUUUAUAUAAAUAAUUGUUUAUAUCAAUCAACACAUACUAUUGAUAAAUAUUGUCCAAAAUUUCGUUUAUAUGAUAUAUUUCAAUUAGCUAAAAUUAAUUCAAAUCGUUUAUUAAAAUAUGGUGGUAUAAUAGCUAUAACUAUACAUUGGCAAUGUAAUUUUGAUUGGAAUAUUAAUUAUUGUUUACCAAAUUAUGAAUUUUUAGAAUUAGAAAGUGUACAUAAAGUUAAAAAAAUGAAAAAAAUAAAUAAAAUUAAUUAUAAUAAAAUAAAAAAUUUAUCUGAAUUUACAUUAGAUUAUACUUAUAAUGUAUAUCAAUCAGAUAACAAUGAUAAUGAUGCUGCUGAUGCUGCUGAUGAUGACGAUGAUGGUGAUGAUGAUGAUAUUAUUGAUGAUAAUGAAGAAGUGAUUACAAUACAUGAAGGUUCCAGUUUACGUAGUACUGCAUAUUAUGGUUAUGAUACAGAAUUAAUAAAACAACGUAAACGUAUAUUAAUACAUGUGAAUGGUAUACAAUUUAUUAUAAGAGUAAAUGGUAUAGCUGGUAAAUUUAAUUUAUUAUCAUUUACAAUGAAAUUUGGUUCAGGAUUAGCAUUACUUAGUUUAUCAACAAUAAUAACUGAUUUUAUUUUAUUUUAUUUUACAUAUAAUCGAAAAAAUUAUAAAAAAAUUAUAUGUGAUGAUAAAACAAUCCAUUUCUUAUCACAAAUGAUUAUUAAGAAAAAAAUUUUAUCAAAAUCUGAAUUAGAAACAAAAUCUUCUUCUCGUUAAUACAUUUUUUUCUUUGUUUUUAGUGUGUGUGUGUGUGCGUGCGUGUGUAUGUGUCUGUUUAAAAAUAAAAAAACAACAAUUCCUUUCAUAAGAAAUAUAUACAAGAAUUAAAAUUUAUAUUUAAUAAUUAGUAGAGAAGAAAAAUAGAAAAAAGAAAAAAGAAAAAAAGAAAAAAGAGAAAAGAGAGAAAAAAGAAAAUGAAGAAAUUUUACUUUUAAUUAAAAAUUAUAAAUGAAUAAAAAGAAAAUUCAAGACGAUUUUUGUUUGUUUGAUUUAUUGUUGAAUUUCAAUUUCAAUCAUUAUUGAUAUUUAUAAUUCAAUUAAUGUAACAUCAUGAUAAUGACUAAAUUUACAAUGAUAUCUGCAAUGAAUAUCAUUACUGCUACUAUUACGACUAUUAAUACUACUGCUACGACUACUAAUACUAAUACUACUACUAAUAAUAAUAAUAAUAAAACUUGCGCAGAUAAAUUAACUAACUGCAAAUCUAAUUCAUAUAUCAUUGUCGAUUAUUUCAGAAAUAAAAAAGCAAACUACAUCAUACAAUACAAGCACAAGUUCCAGACUACAAUACAGAAUUCAUAAAAGAAUUUAAUAAGUAAAUUUUAAAAUACAAAAAAAUUAUUCUCAUUAUCGUCUUCAUUUUGUUUUACACAAUCAUUAUCAUCAUUAUUAUUAUUAUUUUUAUUAUCAUUAUUAUCAUUUUAAUCAUCUCCAUUGUCAUUGUCUUAUUUUUCAUGUGAAUCAAUAAAGCCAUGUGAAAAGUAAACUCUUUUCAUAUUGAAAUAUAUUA